AUGUCUUACAACGAUAACGAUCGCGAGGACCGUACCUCAGGCUACGGUAGCAGCAACCGUGACGACAAUGAGUACGGGUCUAAGUCCUCUGGAUAUGGAAACAAUCAGGAUGACUCCUCUUACGGCAACAAAACGUCCAGCUAUGGAUCGAAUGACAACGACAGCACUUCCUACGGAUCUUCUACGCGCAGGAAUGAUGACGAGGAUACCUACGGAUCUGAGAAGAAGUCAUCAGGAUAUGGUUCUUCCGAUCGCAACGACGACUCGUAUGGUUCUGGCAACAAGACCUCCGAGUUCGGCUCAUCGAAGCGCAAUGACGACGACGAUUCGUACAGUAGCAACAAACAGUCAAGCUAUGGCUCAUCGGGUCGUAAUGACAACGAUAACACCUAUGGUUCAGAGAGCAAGUCUUCGGGCUAUGGAUCAUCAAACCGUAAUGACAACGACGAGGACUCAUACGGCAGCAACAAGCAAUCCAGCUACGGCUCUUCGAACCGAAACGACAACGAGGACUCUUACGGAAGCAACAAGCAGUCCAGCUACGGCUCCUCGAACCGCAAUGACAACGAAGACUCGUACGGUAGCAAGAAUCAAUCAAGCUACGGUUCAUCAGACCGUAAGGAUGAUGAUGACUCGUAUGGAAGCAAGAACCAGUCAAGCUACGGCUCAUCGAACCGUGACAACGACGACUCGUACAGCUCCUCUAACCGCAAAACCAACGACGAUGACUUCGGCUCAAGCAACAAGACUUAUGGCUCAGGAAACACUUCUUCUGGGUAUGGUGGCUCUUCGGGUCGUGACGACAAUGAUUCGUACGGAAGUUCUGAACGCCGGAACGAGGACAGCUAUGGCUCCAAUGACCGCGAGAGUUCUGGGUAUGGGGGUUCGAACAGGAGGAGCGAUGACUACUAA